AUGGACGCAGGAGUAGUCGUUGAUGAUCAAUGUAUUAAGGAAUUCAAGACCUUCCACUCAAAGAACAGCAAUUUGAGAUGUAUUCUAUUUACUAUCAAUGAUAAGGGUGAUCGUGUGGAGGUCGCUAAACAAGUCGAAAAGGGAGGGGAAGCCGAUACAUGGGAUGGCUUCUUGAGUUCAGUUGUUGAGGCAGAAUUCAGUGAUAAAGGAUGUUGGGCCGUAUAUAAUUUGGAAAUGACCAAGGAGGACCAAGGCGUAGAAAGACAAAUCUCCAAGCUUGUGUUCCUUCACUGGGUUCCAUCCAAGACCAAGCCAAGAGCCAAGAUGUUGAUGAGUUCUACCAAGCAAUCUCUCUUCAGCAAAUUCAAUUGCUCCAUGGUCAACAUUGAGGGCACCUCAUUGGGUGAUAUUUGCGAGAAGAACAUUUUGGACAAACUCAAGAGCUCUCUCUAA